GCCCUAACCGCCGUUUUGCAUACCGGCCAAUGCUCAAACAGAACUCGACACGGCCUUAAGACGUCUUCCAAUCUCAAUACUGGUCGUGAGCGCCUCUGGGAAAACUCUGUCUCGCGCGGCGCGGCAACCAUAUGGCUGACACGAAGAGAAAACGCAGGGACGAUGGCAACAGGGGAAGAGAGAAGUCGAAGAAGAACAGUAAUAAGCAGAAGUCUUCCAAUUCCAGAGCUCAAUCGAAGAACGGGGGCCGACGGAGGAAGAGCGGCCCCCGCUUACCCUCAUCAUUGCAAAAAGAGAUUGAACGCUUAAACCCAACUGCCGCCCUGAAUAGCGAUGAAGAUAUUGCCUCUGAUCAUUACAUUGAAGGCGGAGAAAUUUACGGCAAAGAUGUUUACGAGUUGGAUGAAGAACGAGCCGAAGAGGAGUCUCAGAAAAACAAGCGCUAUGACCAGGUUGGGGUGUAUAAGUUCGAGUAUGAGCUGCCGGAUGAUCUGUCUGAGGACUUCAAGGAUGAGGAUCUGGAAUCUGAUGAUGAGAAUUUGGAUGAUGGUGACAACUGGGGAACCAAGGAUGCAAAGGCCAUGAGUGAUAAUUCUGAAGAAGAAGAUGAUGGAAGGCAUACGAGAAUGUUGCAAGGAAUUACUGGGAUGCCAAGUGAGGCUUUUGAAGAAAGGAGGAAGAAGAGAAAGGAUGAUGUCAUACCAGAGUUAUAUAAUCCUAGUCAUGAUAUUAUUGAUGGUGAUGGACUCAUCGGCAGUGACCUUCUGGAUCCUCUUCUUGGGAAAUCUGGUUAUAGCAAACUUAGAAAGAGUAUGCAACAAGCGGGGAAGAAUGCUAGAACCAUUCAUGCUCCACUUCCAAAGGCAGAUCAAGCAAAGGUUGAGAGAAAGGUAGCAUAUGAACUGUCGAAGAAAGACAUUACAAAGUGGGAGCCCAUUAUCAAGAGAAACCGGGAGGCACCUACUAUUUUAUUUGAUGAAAACAUAGAUUUGGGGUUUUCAACUGUAGGAGCAAUAGCUUCUGAAUUUGAGCCCAGGACUGAGUUUGAGAGGAAAAUAGCUGCACUAGUUGGUGAUGAUGAGCUUAUGGAAGCUCAUAAAAAGGAUGGUUCAAGGCUUCUUGAAUUAAACGAGAUCUCUGUGGAAGACGAAAAGGAGCGGCGAAAUCGGAUUGCUAAAAUGCGUAGCCUUCUAUUUCGUCAUGAAAUGAAAGCAAAGCAUAUAAAAAAGAUCAAGUCUAAAACAUACCAUCGUUUGCUGAAGAAAGAUAGAAUUAAGGCAAUAUCUGCUCAGAUAGAAGUGGACCCUGAAGCUGCUAAAGAAUUUGCUGUGAAACAGGAGCGUCUGAGAGCAGAGGAACGCAUGACUCUGAAACAUAAAAACCAAAACCAGUGGGCUAAGCGUAUUCUAGCACGUGGUUUAAAUAACCAAGAUGAUGGAACUCGUGCUGCCGUUGCUGAACAACUCCGAAGGCAUGCUGAAUUGACUAGAAAAAUGAACUCUAUGAAGGAUAGCAGCAGCAGCAGUGAUGAUACUAGUGAUGAUGAUGAUGCAGAUGAGAACUUAGCUGUCUCUGAUAGGGACAGGGCCUCCAAGCUGUUGGAGAAAGCAAAAGAUAAAACAAUGAAAGUACUAGAAGAAGAAGAAGAUGAAGUUCCUGAUUCAGGAUUGCCUUCACUACCUUUUAUGAGGCGUGCGUUGGCAAAAAGAAGAGAGGCAGCUGCUGAAGGAGCCAAACUUGCUCUUCAAGAAUAUGAUAAUUCUUUGAAGAAUUUGGAGAAUCCUAGUCACUCAGAAGAUAUGAAAAUUGCUUCUGUCAGUGGUAGAAGGGUUUUUGGCACAGCUAAAUCCCAGACUCCUGCUGCAAAUGAUAAGAUCAAAUCUGAUAACUUUUAUGGUAGCAGUGAUAGUGAAGAUGGGUUAGAGGCCAGAGAAAACGGUGAUAUGGUGAAUGACAGAAGUAAUAAUUUGCAAAAUGUUGUAAUGAGUGAUCCUGUCUUAAUUCAGGAAGACACUGAUACUCAUGAGGAUUCUGUCUUUAAGAACUUCAAUGAGAUUAUUAAAGAUCCUGGGCAUAAAACCACCUAUGAAGUUGCCAUAUUUGCAUCAGAUACGUGGAAAAAGGCUAAAAAUAAAAGUGACAAAGACGCUGACAACAAGAAAUCUCUGACACUUACAGGGCCUGUUAGGCAAGAAUUAAAAGAUGCUGAAAAAGAAUCUGAAGAGGUUAGUGAUACAGAUAGUGAAGGACAUAUGGUGGAUGGAAUUUUGUCUUCUGGAUCGAAACUUCAAUAUAAACUUCCGUCUCAAGAGGAGCUCAUUCGGCAAGCUUUUGCGUGUGAUGAUGUGGAGGAUGAUUUUGAGAAGGACAAACAAGAUAUUCUCAAUGAAGAGAAUCCUGAGCCAGAAAAGCCUCUACUUGUCCCUGGCUGGGGCCAAUGGACAGAUAUACAGCAAAAGAAAGGUUUGCCACCUUGGAUGCUGAAAGAGCAUGAUAUUGCCAAGGAAAAACGGGAAGAAGCUCUGAAGAAGAGAAAAGAUGCUCAUUUAAAACACGUGAUUAUCUCUGAGAAAGUUGAUAAAAAGGCUGAGAAGCUUCAUACAAAAGCAUUACCUUACCCUUUUACGUCCCAAGAGGUAUUUGAUCAGAGUCUGCGCAUGCCCAUUGGACCUGAAUUCAAUCCAGCAACUGCAGCAGGGGCUCUAAACCGGCCUGAAGUGGUAAAGAGGCCUGGCGUUAUUAUAAAGCCAAUAGAGUUUGAGGACCCGCUUGAAAAAACGGGGCGGGGUGUGGAGAAGCCUAAGUUGAAAAAUAAAGGCAGUGGUGGCAAAACCAUGAAAAAGACAAAGACUAACCGUCGGGUCAAGGUGUAAUUUGAGAGUUUUAUUAUUGCAGUUCUUGAAACAUUCCCAGUUUUCAAUGUUUGGGAAAGAAGUUGAGGUCAUGUGGCGUAAAGAGAAGGCCAGAUAGCUAGCAUUGGCAAGAAGCACGGGCGUUAUUCAUUCGCGAAGCUUGGUGCACAAAGGAAAAUGAUAAGAAAAUAAGAUUGAGAGAACAAGCGCUCCUUGUAUUGUUCAGUUUUAAAUUUUCAACCAACUGAUUUGUUUUUACAGUGUUUUUCUUGGUACUCGAGAAUUUGAGAUGUCUUUUAUCCUCGAGGCAGCGUUAAGAAUCUCUUCCUCGUGUGCGAAAAUUUUUAGUUAUGUAAUUCUGUAGUAAUUUUUCCUCCUUCA